UGGUACCCUAUUGUGAUUCUUCAUACAAUACCAGUCUAAAUUUUAGUAAACAAAUAUUCAGGUUAGUAUUCAGAAUCACCAUGGCCAGAGAGCUAACAGCCUCAGAAGAAAACAAUGUAAACUGUCUCAAUGAUACAAUGACGUCGGCAAUAAACAAAGUGAUGGGACAAGAUACACAGUCAUAUGAUGAAUUUAUCAAUGGGUUUCAGCACAUAACUAAAGAAACUGUUAAUCAGCCUAAGAAACUGAAAAGCACCACAAAACCCCUCAGAACAGAGAAUGUUGAGAGGAAACAGCCAUCACAAACCAAGUCAGAGAGAUUACAGCAAACCAAAUCAGAGAGAUUACAGCCUGACAAGAAUACACAUAUAAUGUCUGAUGAUGAACUAGAAGAAGAGGUUAAAUAUUUUAGAUAAUUGAAAGAAGCAUAA